UGCCUGAGGGAAGGCGGCGGCGCCGCGCGGGGGGAAACGGCGGUGCGGGAGCCCGGCGGUGAGGAGACGGGAAAGGAGCCGGCCCGCCCCCGCGCCUCUCGGUUCCACCGAGACCAGAACUAAUCCAGUCCUGCAGAUUUGAUCCAAAGGACGUUAACGUUUGUGGAAAAGCUCCAACUAACUUCAGUACAUGCUGGAUCUGCUCUUUAGACCUGACUGCUGCAAACAAGCUCGUGCUUACGUUUGUAAUGGUUGUAUGAUUGGACCCUGGAAAUGGGAUGUCAGUCCCGUUCAGGGAGCAUAAAGGAAGAAAGAAAAUCUCCGAGUUGCUGCUGCUGUGACAGCGAGUGAGAGCAAGAGCAGGAAAAUGUCGACAGUCACAUCAGCGAUCCAGGCUCCUCAGGGCCCUGUGAAUCCACCGCCUCCGGAGGUCACUAAUCCUAAUAAGCCUGGCCGGAAGACCAACCAAUUGCAAUAUAUGCAAAAUGUUGUGGUAAAGACCUUGUGGAAGCACCAGUUUGCUUGGCCUUUCUACCAACCUGUUGAUGCAAUUAAAUUGAAUUUGCCGGAUUAUCACAAAAUAAUAAAAAACCCCAUGGACAUGGGGACGAUCAAGAAGCGCCUGGAACAUAACUAUUACUGGAGUGCCAGUGAAUGUAUGCAGGAUUUCAACACCAUGUUUACAAAUUGUUACAUUUAUAACAAGCCCACAGACGACAUCGUCCUCAUGGCCCAAGCCCUGGAGAAGAUAUUUCUGCAGAAGGUUGCCCAGAUGCCUCAGGAGGAAGUCGAAUUAUUACCCCCAGUUCCUAAAGGCAAAGGUCGCAAGCCAUCAGUGGGCACGCAGAGUGCAGGAGCGCAGCAAGCAGUGGCCGUGUCUUCCGUCUCCCCGCCGGCCCCGUUCCAGAACGUCCCUCCAGCCGUGUCUCAGACGCCCGUCAUUGCUGCCACCCCUGUGCCAACCAUCACUGCUAAUGUCCCGCCUGUCACUGCCCCUCCCGCCGCUGCUCCCCCUCCGCCUGCUGCUCCGAUAAUGCCCGUGGUGCCUCCUACGCCACCAGUAGUCAAGAAAAAGGGAGUGAAGCGGAAAGCAGACACGACAACCCCUACGACCUCUGCGAUCACUGCCAGCCGAAGCGAGUCGCCCACGCCCCUCUCGGACCCGAAGCAGGCCAAAAUCAUCGCUCGACGGGAGAGCGGUGGCCGGCCCAUCAAACCACCAAAGAAAGACCUUGAAGAUGGAGAGGUCCCCCAACAUGCAGGGAAGAAGGGCAAACUCUCUGAGCACCUCAAGUACUGUGACAGCAUUCUCAAGGAGAUGCUCUCGAAGAAGCAUGCAGCCUAUGCAUGGCCCUUUUACAAGCCUGUUGAUGCAGAGGCCUUGGAAUUACAUGACUAUCAUGAUAUUAUCAAACACCCCAUGGAUCUCAGUACUGUUAAAAAAAAAAUGGACAGUCGGGAAUACCAGGAUGCACAAGGUUUUGCAGCAGAUAUUCGGUUAAUGUUCUCUAAUUGUUACAAGUACAAUCCUCCAGACCAUGAAGUGGUAGCGAUGGCCAGGAAGCUACAGGAUGUCUUUGAGAUGAGGUUCGCAAAGAUGCCUGAUGAGCCUGCAGAGGCCCCACCUCUGCCUCCACCAACAGCACCAGUGGUGAGCAAAAGCACAGAGAGCAGUCACAGCAGUGAGGAGAGCUCUUCCGACUCGGAUAGCUCAGACUCGGAAGAAGAGCGAGCGACUCGGCUGGCGGAGCUGCAGGAGCAGCUAAAGGCUGUCCAUGAGCAGCUAGCUGCAUUGUCACAAGCACCAGUGAACAAACCAAAGAAAAAAAAAGAGAAGAAAGAAAAAGAGAAGAAGAAGAAAGAUAAAGAGAAGGAAAAAGAAAAGCACAAAGUAAAAGCUGAGGAGGAGAAGAAACCCAAGGUGGCUCAACCACCAAAACAAACCCAACAGAAGAAAGCCCCAGCUAAGAAAGCAAACAGCACAACCACAGCUAACAGGCAGCCCAAGAAAGGAGGCAAACAGGCAUCUGCAACCUACGAUUCAGAUGAGGAGGAGGAAGGUCUGCCCAUGACCUAUGAUGAGAAACGACAGCUCAGCUUGGACAUCAACCGUCUGCCUGGGGAGAAGCUGGGCAGGGUGGUGCACAUCAUCCAGUCACGGGAACCUUCCCUCAGAGACUCCAAUCCUGACGAGAUAGAAAUAGAUUUUGAAACGUUGAAGCCCACAACUUUACGAGAACUGGAGAGAUAUGUGAAAUCUUGUUUACAGAAAAAACAAAGGAAACCAUUUUCUGCAAGUGGAAAAAAGCAAGCAGCAAAGUCAAAAGAAGAGUUAGCUCAGGAAAAGAAGAAAGAACUAGAGAAACGGUUACAGGACGUCAGUGGGCAGCUAAACAACAACAAGAAACCUGCAAAGAAAGAGAAAUCCGGCUCGGCUCCCUCCGGAGGCCCUUCCCGGCUCAGCAGCAGCAGCUCCUCCGAGUCCGGGAGCAGCAGCUCCAGCGGCUCCAGCUCGGACAGCAGCGAUUCGGAAUGAGUUACAGACACUUACACACAAAACACAAAAUGGACAUCACCCUCACUGAUGCUCUGCAGUGUUCCUUUCUCUCCUUAAUAUACUACUCUUGUUCCACGGUGGUCAGGUUUUUUUUCCUCUCCGUUUCUCUGAGUUUUUUAUUUUAUUUUUUAAUUCAGUGUUAUAAAAGGUUUCUUCCAUUUUUGGGGGGGGGCACUCUUUUAAUAGGUCAAAGAUCUUUGCGUGUGCGUGUGUGUGUGACUAGACUUUAUGACAAAUAGUUCCCUUUGCAUAAAGUCUCUAAAAUACAUUUUAACUGAAUAAGAUUGGUUGAAAAUGGAAGAACUUUGAACUCUUAGCAGGAGAUAAAUAGCAAGUUCUGCAAGGUUUGUAGUACACUUCCCUCCUGCCCCUUCCCUCUCCCCAGAAUGUUCUCUUUUAAUAAGCCUGCCUGGCUCACACAAGGUAAAACAAAAAAAAAAUCUUUUUUUAAAGAAAUCGCUGUAAAAUGGUACUGUAUCUGAAAGAUGUUAGCUUUUGAACUAGUUGGUGUAUUUGUUAUUAGCACUAGUAUUCUUAAUCUCGAAGUCUACAGUGUGAUGAAAAUGUCAGAUGCUAUCAUCUUUUUACAUAAAAACAAAAACACAAAAAAAUUCUCAUGUACUGUGGAUUGCUAACAUGCUUUUUUUUUUCUAAUCUUGGUAGAGGCAUAGGCACCUGUUCAGGAAGGUAUUUAAGCAUGAAUUUAACUUUAAGCACAUGAGCAAUAUAAGUGGUUGCAUUUCUUGGUUUUCCACUCAAAAUUUUCAUUUUUCUUGGGGGUAUGUUGGGAAGAAGGGAGCAAGGGACACUCAAGUUUCUUGGGAAUGUUAUUUUUAACAUCAAAUAGAUAAUUUCCAGGAAAUGGACACUCUCUAUGAAAGUUUUCAUUUAAUUGAAAACAGUUUUUGGCUGAAAGUUCUCAGCUGGACCUCAGAGUGAUCCCUGCAGAGUGACCAAGGCAAGUCAUGUGCUCGUUAUUAGACACGUGCUUAAGUAUUUUCUCCAUGACAAGCACCUCAGUCUGGGCUUAAAAUAAAGGAGCACUUGAGCUCCAGCUGAGGCUGAGCUGGCAGGGGAAUUGGAGAGGGAUGUUGCGUGUGUUUGGGGUUUGGGUUUUUUUGUUUGGGUUUUUUUUCCCCCCCCUCUCCUUAUCGUUUCAGUAGUGAGCUUCUAGAAAGGGAAUGCUACUUCUGUGUCAUGCAGGGUGCAGGUUUCCAGACACUGAAAUGCUUACCUCAAUAAAAAGAAAAAAAGAGGGGAGGGAGAAAAAAAGAAAAGAGACAAUUUUUAAGGCUUGCAAUUUUUUGAGUCCAGCCUAAUGUUUUGACCUGCACUGCUGCAAUACACUCUGUUUUCACUGUCCCUAAUUUCAUGUAUAUACAAGUACUUUAUUUAUUAAACACCAUUGGUCAUUUAAAACUUAAUAAAAAAAUAACAAAAGCAAAGCUGCAUUAUGCAGACUAGCAGAAAUGCAGAAUUUUAAUGUGGUUUGAAACAGAUUAAAAAAAAACACAAACAACAAAGCAAAUAAAAAUCUGAGGUUUUAUUUAAAUACAUUGGACUUUAUACCUACAGGUGCUACAGUCCAGUCUAUCGUGUGUCUGGUGCUCUGUCAUGUUAGGUGUGUUCAUUUUUGUAAUUUGUUUCCUCUUCUUUCUCUUUUCACCCCAGCCCCCUUUUUUCCUGUUUUGUACAGAUUUUGGAGACAUACAGGUAGAUACAAUUUCUUGAUGCAGCAUGUUACUAUUUUCUCAGUAGUAUUUCCAGAGGUCUUUCUCCCCCUCUCUUUUGUAGAACAGUGGGGUUUUUUUUCUUUUAUAAACCAAUUUUAAGAAAACACCAGUUCUAUAAUUAUAUAAAAUUUGUAAUCUGAGGGGCAGAAAUUUAUUGUAAAUUCUUAACUUUUUAUUGUAAAGAAAAAAUAUACAGAGUUUAACAGAAAGUUAUGCCUUUCCCUCUCCCAGCACCAGCCCCUAAGGCUGCCUCACUACUGUGGGGUAGCCCUAAAAUUCAGCCUGCUGCAAUCUCUGUUAGUGGUUUGCCAGAGGCCCCGUGGUGCAGAUUGCACUAACUUUUAUUUUUCACAUAGGUGAGCGGCCCCGGAGGACUCCUCAGCCCCAGCACAUGAUUUUCAUUGCACGCUCAGCCUCCAAGAGCUGGGACAGGAGAUCGCGUGCUGAGAUGUGUGGUGUCUGGGGGAUGUCCCUUUGCGGGAAAGCUGGGGAAGCGCAGGGCCAGCCUGUUAUUAGCACUCCAUGGUUUGCACUUCCAACUGCAUCCACACUCAGCUGCCAGUCUCUUACUGCCCAUCGACUGCUAGACACUUACGCAUCUGUCUUUAAAAAUCUGUCUUUCAAAGAUCAGCAUUUCAGAGUGUUCUGAUGUGCAUCUCGUACAGCCGACAUGCCUCUGUCCAUGGCUUAUCUGUGUAGUGGCAGUAACAUACUCUCCACAGUUUGCUGUAGAAAAGAAUUUGCAUUUUUUUUGCUAAGGGCUGAGAGCACAAUGCUGUGUUGCUGUGAGGCACUGAGUUCCUCCUAUAAGUUGCUGGGCUUCUUUGGCUCAUUUUGCAAUCCCCAGGGUGCUUGGGCUGUUGGCAGGAGGCUCUCAAGUCUUUGCAGGUAGUUUCCCAUAGUAUUUUAAAGUGGAUGAACUAGGGUAUUCCAGUUCUUACUGAAAUUAAUGAUUUUUCUUUUCCAUUAACAAUGGAGUUAUUUUUAGUUCCCUUUUUUUUUUUUUUUUUUAAAUUCUGCCCUUAAAAAAAAUCUUCCCCUAGACAGAUCCUUAGUAAUAUAUUUUCAGAAUUUACUGUGAGAAGAUGUAAUAUAGACCUAAUUAAGAGCUUAGGUUUUUUUAAUGGGGUUGGGUUUCAUCUGUGUUUCUCCUAUUGUCUGAGACUUGCAUUAUCAAAACCAGCUAGUAUUUUAAUUAAAAUAACUGCAACCGAUUCAAUACCAUGACAACUGGGAUAAACAAGCUCCCAGUUUUCCCUGCUUGAAACCUCUUCCCGUGUGCAUUAACCUGAGCUAUGUCAUUGAUGUACCAUGGUGGUCGCUCCCGUGUGGAGAACAAACAGCAGGCAAUAGCAGCCCGCCCGGCAGCCGCUGUCGCCAGCAUCACCGCCACACAAAGCCUGGGGACCUGGCUCUGCAGCAUGCCACCAUCCUCCGACGUCGGGGACAACCCCGCUGACCACAGCCAGGGUACAGACAUUCCUCUAGGACGCAUAGGUCUGUCCCACCAAAAUCAGUGGAAAGGUUAGAGCCAAAGGGUUGGGGACCAAGCGUGAAGUGAUGGAAAGGGGCCUGGCCUGGGACUGUCUGCAGCACUGGAGGAGGAUCCCUAUUUUAGUUGGCAAGCCUGUCCUAACUUGGGGAUUUGCAAGGAGAACAAGCAACCAAAACCACCAAGGAAGAUGAAGAACCACCUGCGUAUCUUUGAUGUACCCAGCUGCAACUUGGGCUACCAUUUAGUGGGAAAUUUUUGCUUGUUUUCAUGGAAAGUAAGGUGUUCCCUAUGAAAUGGCAGUUCACAGGAGAAAUCCAUUUUGGCAUGACCUUCAUUUCAGGAAAGAAAUUGGUGACUCUUCAUUUCAAAAUGUUGUUCUUACAUCUUUUCAUUUUCGUAUUGUUUGUAGUGCUCAUUAUCUCCCGACAUGUCAGUAGUGGUGCCUCUUGUAUCUCCAGAUCAGAGUGUCUCCAGGAAAGAAGAGAUGUUUUCAGUCCAUAGUAAGUAGCAGCAGCCCUUAAUGAGUUGGAAACUGAAAUGAUAGAGCAUUUAUUUAACUGAGUUUGUAUUGCAUGACAUGUCAGUACCAAUGUCAUGAAAUAACUUUAAAAUGAUCAAACAUAAAACAUUUGAAAUAACAUUUUUAAACUUAAGAAUAAAAAAAAUGAAAUUUUUAUGGUAGAAUUUUUCUUGAACAAACAAAGUUUAACUUUGUUUUCCAGGGGAAACUUCACUGAAAUCAGUUUGAUUUCAUAUGUAUGCAUACACACAAAUAGUUUUAUUGAAACUGUUUUUUCUGACGAAUUCCUGUUUUGACAAAACAAUAUCUGACCAGACCUUUUAUCAAUCAACCAGCAUUACUGCACCUUUAAAAACUUUUUUAAACUUUAUCUGAUUGUAAGGUCAGCCUGUUUCUUGGCAUACCAUCAGCUGUAGGCUCAGUGGGACCAGAGGGAGAUCCGCAUCCCAUGGGCUCAGGCCCUGAUCCAUCUACUAAAGGAAUCUGUUGGGUACAACAGCUUUCCGCUAACCAAAUGUUGUCUAUACAAAACCAUUUCAGUUUUGUAUUGAUGUGAUUUUAAACUUUCCUACCGACAGGGUUUGUAACUGUAGAACUGAUGUUUCAGGACUAUGUAACUUGUUUGUGAGUGUGUGUAUAAUAGAUGCACACGCCCACCCACACACACACAGAAGCACGUGUGUGUGUAUAUAUACAAAUUAGUUACCCAGUGAGGUCUCUUUCCAUGUUCUCUAUGUGGUAGAAGCAGACUGCAGUUACCUAAUCUAGUUCUUUCUCUGUUUUGGGGACUCUUAGACCAGUUUUUAAUUUUUUCCUUGUUUUGAAAGGAAUGAUGUUUUUUAAAGUUGGGGUUGGAGCUAGGGGGAAGGGAUUGGGGCAUGACAAAAACCACAACCUUUUUAGUACUGGAUUUUAAAAAGAUAUAUUCUCAAGCAUGAGCAGUUACCACUAGGGCUAACUGUGGGCAGGCUCUGCAUUGUUGAAGAUAAAUUUAGGGUAAGGAUUCAUUACACUAGCAGCAUUAUCUUGCUUGUAAAACAAUGAGAUGCAUUUUUUUAAAGAAAUGGUAUUUGCAUAUCUUUUUAAAUGUCAUUUUUAAAAACAAAUAAACCACCAGCUAGGAUUUGACACAGGCCACUUAGAACUUACCCCUGAUACUGGCAUAACCAAUCCAGAAAGAUUUGUUGUUGUAUUUUUGUUUUGGUUUUUGGGUUUUUUAAUAUUUAAAAAAUUGUUACUUUUCUGUAUGAUGUGCAUGCAAAUUUACCGUAACUCUUUUUCUUAAAACUUUUUAGUGCCAUUUCUAGUAUAUUCCUGUAAAUGUCAGUUACUGAAAAGAAAUGAGUCAAUGUAAGUAGUUUAGCUUGUUUAUUGCAAAUUGCUGGCCUCAAACACAACAGAAUUAAAAAAAAGAGUUAGAAAGUAAUCUUUGAUGUUACUGGUAAUCAUGGACCCUGGUCCUGGGGCAUUCGUUUUGUUUUCAUAAUAAAAAGAAAAAUUGU